AUAUUACACUGCGAUGGCUACAUUUCGCUAAAAAUGUUUACCAUCAUACUGUGUUUGUGUAACAAUAUUUUAUUUUUGUAAUACUAUCAAAAUAUACCCGCAGCCCAGGCUCACCAGAUUGGCUGUUUUUUUUGUUUUUAAAUCGUUUUAAUUUUUUUUACUCAUAACUAUAUAUUGUUAAUAUUAUUUUACAAGCRUGCGAGUUCGAGUAUCGCAAUACUUACCAAAUUUGAAUAGUCGUCCGCUGCCACUUUUYGACUGGAGACAUUGAUUGCAACAUUAGAUAAUAUUACUACAUACCUACCUAUAAAUUAUAAAAUGGUAUUGUUUCGGAGUAGAAAUUCGGUACGAAACGAAGAUGUUAUACCAGAUAUAUCAGCUCCAAUACUGCUAAGAAUGACAGCUAUCAGAAACAGUAUGCGCUCGGAACAUCAAUUUAUUGGAGAUAAACACAGCAGUCUUUAUGGCGUACAACAAGCAGACGUCAGCUUGUGGAACAAGAACAUGGGCCAAAAGUGGCGUAAGAUCCGACGACGGUGUUCGUCGUUCAACACGGGCACCGGCAAGGACAAAUCGGCGUCGGUGGACGGGCCGCUGUUGCCGGCGUCACCAUCGUCGUCCGACGACUCGACCGCGUCGCUAUCGCCGACAAUAGCGGCCGCGGCCACAGUGCAAGACAUGUUGCGCACCCGGCUGAACAUGCUGAACAUCAGCUACAAGCGACGGCCGCAAGUGCAGCUGUUCAGCAGCGCGCGCCCGUGCAGCCUGGCCUCGGACACGUCGUCCACGUUUUACGUGCCGUCGCCGUUGCUGGGACAGGACGUGGACACCGCCGGCCCGUGUUCGCUGCCCGUUACGUUUGACCUGUCCACUGACCAACGGCUGUUGCAACCGUCAUCGUUGUGCCGCGUCGCCGAGACGCCGUCAUCCUGCGGUUCGUCCGGCCGUGGGACCGCUGACGACGGCGCCGGCAGUGACCGGUCGUCCGUGUCGUACAGCGACCACGGUUACAACAGCAUCGCCAGCACCACGACAGCCACCGGAUACGACGCCGACCGACUCAGCUGCAGACCUCAUUCGUUCGUUGUCAGACGGUCCGUAAAUAACGCGAAACUGCGACCAACGCGUUGCAGUGGCGACGACACCGACGACGGUUACAACGACGACGGCGGUGACGGCGACGACGACGACGACUAUUACAAUUGUAGUCUGCUGUUACAGAACAAGCCGAAGAUGCGAUCGUGCCGGAGAUGGUCGCAAGCCGACUCGCUGGCAUUGGACACGCCACUGACGGCCAAAGCGUUCAUGAUCGGCGGUGCCGUGUCCGCGUCCACGUCCACGCCCGGCCACGGUGCCUGUCGUCCGCGUUUCAGCGGUCCAUCGUCGUUGCAGCAAACCUACACGCCGCCGCAACUGCAGCAACAGUUACCUUCCCUGCAGCAACAGUUACCUCCGCUGCAGCAACAGUUACCUCCCCAGCAGCAACAGUUACCUUCGCUGCAACAACAUUUGCCGCCCCGAUCGUCACCACCACCGCUGCCACCGCCACUAAUACACAAACCACCGCCUCCGCUGCCGCCACCGCCAUCAGAGAGGACCGUAGUCGACCUUCCAGCCAUACCGGAAGCGUUGCAGUGGGAUGAACAACGCUUACGCCACCGCCGCCGGACGCCUGAACAGCAGCAGGCUGACAGGCUGGAAAGAAACGGUUCGGCGAGAGUCAGCGGCAGGAACCCGUAUCGCACGUUCAACGGGAGGGCUGCAUCGCCAGCCGGCGCCACCGUUCCCGAUUCCGGCGGCGGUGGUGGCGGCGGUGGCGUCGUUCCGGCGGACCAUUGUCAUCGAGACAAUCUGCAGGGCGGAAAAAAUGACGGCAAUUGUUUCUACACGUUGCCGCGGGGCGGCGGCAAGGAUGCAGGUUUCACGAUAAUGACGGUCAAGUUCCAUAAAGGUCCGGGCCACAAGUGCUUGGGCUUCAGCAUUGUAGGCGGCACAGACUCGCCAAAAGGUACUAUGGGCAUCUACGUGAAAACCAUAUUUCCGAAUGGACAAGCAGCCGAUAAGGAGACGUUAAAAGAAGGUGAUGAAAUCCUGGCCGUCAACAACAAGCCGUUGCACGGAUUAAGUCAUCGCGAAGCGAUAGCUGUAUUCAAAGAGAUUAAACUGGGAGAAAUGGCGUUGCACAUCGGUAGGAGGAUUCCAAAAAGAACUCGGGAAUCGGUGAAGUCGAUGCGAAGUCCUUGAAAAGAAGAAUACUUAUCGAGAUUCUCAUUUCAAUGGAUGGUGUUAUUAUUAUUACUAUAUCAUUAAGUUUUGUACCUGUACCUAUAAUUUUAUUCCGAGUUUUAUGUAAUGUUUUGAUCGUUUAACCAAUAAUUAUUAUUAAUUUCUCA